AUGACCAUAGACCCCAAUGCUACGCCGGUUGUCCGACCCCCACGUCGCAUCCCUGCUGCAAUGCAAGACAAGGUCAAGUCCGAACUGCAGCGGAUGACUACCCUAGGCGUGAUCACUCCAGUCUCCGAACCGACAGACUGGGUUUCCUCCAUGGUCGCGACUCAUAAGAAAAACAGCGAAGAAAUCCGCUUAUGCAUCGACCCUCGCGACCUUAACGAAGCACUGAAACGCCCACACCACCCUACCCGAACAGUAGAGGAAGUCGCUGCCAAGAUGGAUGGUGCGACAGUUUUCUCAGUGCUUGAUGCUAAAUGCUCGUUCUGGCAGAUCCCCUUGGACUACGAAUCAUCACUGCUGACUACAUUCAGCACGCCAUAUGGCAGAUACCGCUAUCUUCGCAUGCCCUACGGCCUCUGUUCUGCCUCCGAUGUGUACCAGAGAACCAUGGAGCAGAUAUUCGCCGAUCUGCCAUGCUCCAUCAUCGUAGAUGACAUACUAGUUGGUGGACGCACUAAAGAGGAACAUGAUCGAUACCUCAAAACUGUCCUUGAUCGGAUACGCAAAAUCAACAUGCGCCUCAACCCUACAAAGUGCCGCUUCGGUCUUGAACAAGUCUCAUAUGUCGGUCACGUUUUCACCGCCAGUGGUCUUAAGCCUGACCCAGCCAAAGUCAGUGCUAUCACCGACAUGCCUCCACCCAACGACGUUACUGCCCUACAACGCUUUCUUGGCAUGGUGACAUACCUGGCCAAGUUUGUACCCAACUUGAGCGACUUAACAGCCCCACUACGCGAGCUCACACAUAGUGACAUCCAUUGGUGCUGGCUAGAGCAACACAAUGCCGCAUUUCUAGCAAUCAAGGACAAGAUUGCUAAUGCGCCGACACUCACGUACUUUGAUGUCCGCAAGCCAGUCACGUUGACCUGCGAUGCCUCCAAGUUUGGCCUUGGCGCAGCCUGCCUACAAGAGGGUGCCCCUGUCGCGUAUGCUUCACGUACCAUGAGUGACACUGAACAACGCUACGCACAGAUUGAAAAAGAACUGCUUGCAGUUGUGUUUGCCUGCACCAAGUUCCACGACUACAUAUACGGUAAAGACAUCGUAGUCGAAACUGACCACCAACCAUUGGUCACCAUCGUCAAAAAGCCUCUGCUGAGUGCCCCUGCGCGGCUUCAACGCAUGCUUCUCCGGUUACAGAGGUAUAACAUCACCCUCGUGUACAAGAAAGGAAAAGAAUUGUUCCUUGCCGACACUUUGUCACGUGCACCCUUGACAACGACCGGUACUGAAACUGAUGACCUGCAAGUCAUGACCCUCCUGUCAAUCUCUGACAUGCGACUUGAACAGCUCAAGAAAGCAACUGCCUGUGACUCUGCCAUGCAACAGCUCACUGAUGUCAUCAGUCGCGGAUGGCCUUCGCAUAUCAACAAUGCCCCACCAAAGGCCCACCCCUACUUCGCGUUCAGAGAUGAACUGGUUCUCGACCGCGGUAUCAUCUUAAAGGGACAUAAGGCCAUCAUUCCCAAGUCACUACGCGCAGAAUACAUCCAAAUACUGCAUGAAGGUCACCCAGGCAUCGAGGCUACCAAACGCAGAGCCAGAGAUGUAGUUUACUGGCCAUCAAUGUGCCUUGAUAUCGAGCAGUCCGUCUCUGGAUGCACAGUUUGCAACGCUACCAAAGCCCAUCAACAGAAAGAACCACUGAAAAGCUACCCCCCACCCAGCCUACCAUGGGAACACAUUGGAGUUGACCUAUUCCAUUGGAACGGUAUGGAUUACCUAGCCCUUGGUGACUCAUACUCCGGCUGGUUUGACUUCGCUUCACUCGACAACACCUGUGCCUCUACAGUCAUUGAGGUACUCAAGAGACAAUUUUCCAUCCAUGGAAUCCCCCGCAUCGUUAUCAGUGACAACGCACGACAAUUUGAUUGCUUCGCCUUCAAACAAUUCGCACAGUCAUGGGGCUUCCAGCAUACAACCAGCAGUCCCCAUUUUCCCCAGUCCAAUGGCCUUGCAGAAAGCUCUGUCAAGCGCGCCAAACAACUCCUCGAGAAGACAAAACGCGACGGUUCAGACCUCUACCGAAACCUGCUGAACAUUCGCAAUGUCCCAACCAACCCCCAGCUUGGCUCACCUUCCCAACGUCUCAUGUCACGGCGUCUUCGCACAACCAUCCCUACCCCGACGCCACUCCUUAAACCCGCCAUUUACACACGCGUCACAGCACAGUUACGCAAGAGGCAACAGCAACAGAAGUCUUCAUAUGACAAAUCUGCCAAGCCCCUCCGACCACUGAAACCAGGGCAAGUUGUCCGUCUACAAUCACCCAAAGGGCACGAUCAGCUUGGAAUUGUCCAAAAGCAUUCCAGAAACCCCAGAUCGUACAUCGUCAAUGCCCAAGGCACACUCUACCGCCGCAAUCGGAGACACUUAUUGCCAGUCUCUGAACCACCUCCAGAGCAACAACACUCACCUGACUUCUACUUACCGCCACAGGAUCCACUGCCUCAGCCUGCCAUCCCCCACGCACCUCCACCACAGCCAGUUCUCACUCGUUCCGGUCGCAUCUCGAAGCCAAAUCCUAAAUACACUUAA